CUUUUAUAUCACUUACGUACGAUCACUAAAGGUUUAUGGUGAUUUAUUGAUUUCAAGGUGGUACUCAUCACGGAUUGACAUCAAUUCAAUCUCAGACAGGUUCAUGUGUGAACUGCUGAGCAGUCUGAUAAUGAGAUAAGUGACCAUCAAUCUAAGCUUUCCGACGGCUUUCGAAUUGAUAUCAGUCUGUAAUGAAUCAAUCUAUCCCCACAAACCUCAAAAGUACACUAAACAUUUUGUCAAACAAGCAACAACAUACUACUCAACGUGGUGUAUAUUUCUUUCAGUGGACAGAAAUUUCAUCGAUUGACUGUCUACUCCUCUUUAACCUCCUUCAAAACUUUCCAAGUCCAUCUCACAUGAAUAUGUAUUCCUUAUCACAAGCAGGUGUCACUAAUUCCAUGGACUGUAAAGUUGGAAGGGAGUAUCGAAUGACGGAGAAACGAAGAAGUAUGAUACAAGAAGGAGAUGCGAUUCGUCACCUUGUGCAGUAGACAGGUAAUAAGCCAUACCUUUUGUCUCAUGAGUAGUGAAACUACUUGGCUGGCUGGCUGGCUGGCUGG